UUGGAUGUUGGGAAGAAAGCGGGCUCUAGGAUUUUGCGUUACAGUGUCCAGAAAUUUAAGAUCUAUGUUAUAAAUUUCAUGCUGCAAUGCAAUGCCCAAUGAUUAACCAAAAUUGUAUACUCGUAUUACAUUGUUCCUAUUGUUCCUUCAAUACACUCCUUUUAUCGAAUCUAAUCAAUCACUUUAAGACUGCCCACUCGAGUGCAAAUUGUUUGUUCAGUUUAUAUCAAUGUCGGCAUUGUCAACUAAUAUCUACAUCUUGUCCAGUUCUUACUGAACACUCGUUAAUAAAUCAUAUAGAAAAGGAGGUAUCUAUUCAAUGUAUAUAUCAAAAUCAUUCAGGAAAUCCAAUCUUUACUGGUGAACCAAUGUACGAAUGCUUGCUUUGUUCAUUCAGAGCUAAAGAAGUUAAAAAUUUAACCUUACAUUAUUUCGCUUUUCAUGGUAUCAAAAAUGCCAGUCCAAAUUUGACCAGGCAUUUAUCCUAUGAUUAUCCAUCAGGAUUAAACUAUAAUUUUCAUGAUGCCAAAUCAUUAUUUAUGGGGGAUAAAAGAAAUGCAUUUGUUGAUCUCAGCCAAGAAGAUGGGGAAAUGACUUCACAUUCAGUUGGAACAGAAAGUGGUGGUCAAUUUUCCAGGGGAUCACAUCAUAGUUCAUCUCAAGUCAACAACAGUUUAAUGCCAUAUAAAUGUACACACUGUGGGAACGCCUAUCACAAGCGGAAAUAUUUUGCAGAGCAUGUUUUCUCCUGUUCAAAAUCUUUGCAGUUAACUUGCCCAUGUGGCCGUGUUUGUAAAUGGCGAUCGAAUUUCUACGCACAUAGAAAAUCAUGCACAGUUUAUAAGCAACUUGUAACUGGAGGCAGUCAUCAUUCUGUUUUUCGUCGUCGAGGUUUAACUAUGUCUAAAUCAGAAAUCAAUGAUGACUGUGAUAGUAUUGCUAAAGAAUCUGUCAGUUCUAGCGAACAUCUUCUUGAUAUGUCAACUAAUUCAAAAGAUCCUACUAGUGUAAAUAUAAUAGGUAUAAAUAGUUUAAUUCCUUUAGUCUCAUCAUCUGCUCUAACAGAAGUCAAAUCCCAGUCUAGCACAGAUUCAAACAUUGAUGCAUUCAGAAAUCAUUCUGAUUCCUUACAAACGUCAAUAACAUACAUCAAUCCCGUUUCAUCCGUAUCCACAUCUAUUCCAACUUAUGUUUCUAAUGAAAAUAUUGAAACUAGUAAUCUGAGUCAUGUUGGAUCCAGUAAUUCACUGGUCACUUCCACCUCCAUAAUUCAUGCACUGAGUCAAACUUCCAAUAUAUCCGUGUUAGUUGAUACUCGAUGUCCUGUCGGUAAUUAUCCACCAAAUCAAAUGACUGAAUGUGGUGGAACCAAUUCAGAAAGUGGAUUUAUUCAGUGUGUAUCAUCAAAAGUUGAACCGCUCAUUAUGUUUCCCGGUAUGUGAUUUUAAAUUAAAAUAUUUUUUACUAUCGUACAUAAUAUAAUCACUACCUAUUCAUGAAAGUUCCAAUCUCUUAAAUUAUGAUAAAAAUAACCAUUUCAAAGAUCUUCUUAAAUUCCAACCACUUGCAAUCUCCAGUUUCAUUCUUAUCUCUUUCAUAUGAGAGUAUUGAAUUAUCUUUUCAGCGUUUUCCGUUCUUAUUUGACUUCUGUACAGAAUAUUUUUAUUUGCCAUGCUACUUGAAUUUUGACUUCUAUACAUGAAUAAAUUAUGUACAACAUCAGAAAAAA